AAGUCCAUUUGUUCGGAACUCGGAAGCAAGCUCUAUAAUGUAUCAGUGUUACUACACAAGAAGAAGAAGAAAACAAAGGUUUGAGCAAAUGGCAAAAUCUUCAUUGAGAAGAGAUGAAAAUGCUAACGAGGAAGGAAGCAGUUGGAGCACCAGACCUGUUCCCAAGAAACGGAGAACUUCGGCCGCCACUCUCUCCUGUAAGGAACGACAGCUAAGCCGUGAAAAUGAAGAAGGAGGAGAAGAUGGGAAUGAACAGGAGAAUGUUAUAGAGGAGGAAGCAGUGGAACCGGAACCAGAAAUUGAGGUGAGACAAGUAAGGAAAGGUGAUGAAGAGAAAACCCCAGACAAGUUCAUUUCCGCGGCAGUACCCGACCCAAAUCAUGAUAAGUUGGAGGGAGCAAGUGGAACCGCGGAUCAUGAUUUGGAUCAGGGCUCAAGAGGAAACAAGUCAACUUCUAUGACGUUAUCUGAUCCAGAUGUGUUGGAUUGCCCCAUUUGCGUCGAAAUUCUCAGCGUUCCUGUCUUUCAGUGUGAGAAUGGGCACAUAGCAUGUGCUCCUUGCUGCUUCAAGAUUGCUAAUAAGUGUCCAUUAUGUUGUUGUCCCAUUGGAUAUAUCCGUUGUCGUGUUAUUGAAAAGGUUCUAGACUCUGUGAAGGUCUCAUGUGUAUACGAGAUCUAUGGCUGCAAGGAGAUUCGGAGUUAUGGGAACAAAACUGCCCAUGAAAAUGCAUGCAUCUAUGCGCCUUGUGCAUGUCCUUACGAUGGCUGUGAUUUUGUGGACACUUCUACAAAGUUGUAUGCACAUUUUCAUGACAAACAUGGUUCUUCGGCAGAGCACAUCUUUUUCAACACUGUCCAUCCCAUUUAUAUUGAAAAAAAUCAAAGUUACCAAAUUCUUCAAGAGAAGACAGAAGGAAUUGUUUUUAUCAUUAAUCAUUCUACUCAAGACCAUCCUGGUAGUGCUGUCAACAUUAUCUGUGUUGGACCAGCUUUGCAGACUAGAAGGUUCCGUUACGAGCUUGUAGCAACAGAUGGGGAGAGCACUUUUAAACUAGGAUCCAUUGCAGAGAACGUCCCAAAAUGGUCAGAAAAUUUUCCUUUGAAAAAAUAUCUUCUGCUCCCAAGAGAUUUCGUUGAUUCCACUCUCUCUUUCGAAGAAAGAGAAGUCGCUCAGUUGAAGUUGGAGGUCUUCGUAGAGCGUGAAUACAUCUUCUGAGGUAGCACUGUUUAAGGAAGGAGUAAUAGAUAUUGAUGUACAUAUAUUAUGAUGAAGUCUUAUCUGGCUGAAGAACUUUUCGUUCGUCUUUUACUUUGUAGUUGGUCUGUUGAUGCAAGUUACUUUGUCGAUGCUGCUAUUUGGAGAUCUGCAUUAGCAGAUUGUCUAGCAAAUGCGAGCAUAUGGCUCAACUUUUUUGAUGCUAUCUAUCAUGAAUCUGCUCCACCUUUUGUGAUGAAGCAAUAUGUAAUAGACAAGAAGGGGAUGAAGUAUAGUAUUGUAGAGUAAUCCCAAACUCGUUGAUGUAUGAAUAACCAUUAUAUAAUAUCUCUUUUUGUGCAGGAAAAAAAAAAUCUGCAUUUGUGCUGUUAUUUUUACUUUGUC